GCUUUAAGAAAUACAAUUAAAUUGUUUAUUACUGUAUACAGCUAGAAAUGCCGUAAUUAUUUUCCUUUUUUUUCGUGAAUAGUCUGCUGUCUGCUCGGUGAAUCUCAAAUGCAUCGUUAGAGACUUCACAAACGCACUACAUAGGGCACAGAUGAUAGGCUUCAGCGCCCUACGUAGUGCGCACUACAUAUAAAAGGAAGGCAUUUGGGAUACAGCCGAAUAUUUCUCUGAGAUGUGAUAAACAGGAAGUUAGUUUAGUAACCACGCAGCAUUGUUUUAAAUUGAUGCGAUUAGGCAACAGGUACUUUUUUGGCAUUUUUUUCUGUCCGUUAGGGGCUUUUAUUCAUUACUUAUGCAGAAGUAUUUAAAAAAAUACCCGUGAGUAAACUUCCUUUAAAGCUGACUUGUGUAGCAGGGUGGAUGGUGCUAGCAGGGCUGAGCCCUUUGCAGGGGGGGAAACAAGACAUCACUUUAAAGUUUAAUUUUCCACAGAUUAUUUGCUCUUGCCACACGUGUUAAGGAUAGGUCAAGUCCAAGAGCACCAACAAAGGUCACAGAAGACUCAGGCAAUGUGAUGAGCAGCACAAGAUCUUGAGUCUGGUUGUGCAGAGAUGUCUGACGAGAUGGGCUCAGCCCUGGCUGGGGCAGGACCGGCUGGGAGGUGUGUCAAGCAGAGGUACCGCAGUAGUACACACUCACAAGGGCUGAUGGAGGGACUCCUGGGGCUACGUGAAGGAGAAAUACUGUUUGAUGUGGUGCUGAUUGUGGAAGGGAAGCCUGUUAACGCUCACCGCAUCCUCCUGGCUGCUUCCUGUGACUACUUCAGAGGCAUGUUUACUGGUGGUUUGCGGGAGAUGCAGCAGACCGAGAUCCCCAUUCAUGGAGUCACACACACUGCCAUGAUCAAACUGCUAGACUUCAUCUACACAUCUGAGCUGGAUCUGGAUCUGGACACGGUGCAGGAGGUGCUGUGUGCUGCCACACUCCUGCAGGUUCAGGAUGUGAUUGGUUUCUGCUGUGAGUUUCUCUUCUCCUGGAUGGACAACGAUAACAUCCUGGAGGUGGAGAAGCUGGCAGACGCUUACGGGCUUGAGCAGCUCGGCGAGAAGGUGCGCUCAUACCUCCUGAAGAACAUCCAGACCUUCUCGCACGCACCUGUAUACCGCCAACUGCCACCUGAGAAGGUGCUGCAUGUGCUGUCAAGUGAUGAGCUGGAGGUGAGCUCAGAGAGCGAGGUCUUCGAGGCAGCACUGCAUUAUUACUACAGCCCUGAGCAGGUGGAGAAGGACCAAGUGUCCCUGCAGGAGCCCCUGCACAUGAUGGAAGCUGUGCGUUUCUGUCUCAUGGAGCAAACCGCCCUGCAGCGCCUCUACGACCGCCUGAAGCCAAGCCAGCUGCAAAAUGUUAUCUCCUUUGCCCUGCGCUACCACACCGACAAACUCUGGCAGCCAAUCAUGCAGAGCCCCCUGAGCCAGCUGCGCUCCAACUGCCACUGCAUUCUGGGGUUUGGAGGUAUGUUCUCGUCUGGGCUGCUAGCCGACAAUGACGAACGCUUCCAGGUGUUCCACCCAUCCUGGGGCGAGUGGCGCAACCUCGGGGCAGACGGCGCGCCCCGCAUGUCCAACAUGGGCAUCGCACUGCUGAAUAACUUUGUAUACCUGGUGGGUGGAGACAACAACACAAGUGGGUUCAGAGCUGAGUCACGGUGCUGGAGAUACGAUCCUCGACACAACUCCUGGUGUGAUAUUGAACCUCUUCAGCAGCAGCAUGCUGACCACUGUGUGUGUGUGGUGGAUGACUUCAUCUACGCCAUUGGAGGUCGUGACUACAGCAUCGAACUGGACUGUGUGGAGCGCUAUAAUCCCCAGAAGAACAUCUGGGAAUAUGUGGCUCCACUGAAACGUGAGGUGUACGCCCAUGCUGGCGCAGUGGUUGAUGGGAAGAUCUACAUCGCAUGUGGCCGGCGAGGGAUGGCCUACCUGAAGGAGACCUACUGCUACGACCCUCGUGCCAACCAGUGGAGCGCGUGUGCUGAAGGCCCUGUGGAACGAGCUUGGCAUGGGAUGGCGGUGUAUGGAGGCCGUGCUUACGUCAUUGGUGGAAGCAAUGACGGCUGCGGCUACAGACGAGAUGUCCUGAAGGUGGCGUGUUAUAACCCGACUGAAGAUUCCUGGUCUGUGGUGUGUCCUCUCCCGGCGGGACACGGCGAGCCUGGCAUGACCGUGUUAGACGGGCGGAUCUACGUCUUGGGCGGGAGAUCACAUGACAAAGGCAGCCGCAUGAAGUAUGUGCAUAUCUACGAUCCUGAGAAUGACUGCUGGGAGAGCGGCGUCUCUCUGGACAGCCGAGUGUCGGGCAUGUCCGCCUGCGUGGCCCUGAUGCCUAGAAACACAUUCACGCAGACUCACAGCAGCGCACGCCGAGCCAAAGCAUCAUGGGAGUUUGUGGAGUGGGACGAUUCGGACCACUCCAGUGAGGACGGCUGAGGCAGGUUUUUCCAGUCAGUAAUCUCACGGUGUCGGUUUCUCGGUGAGGUGUAGCCUCCUUUAACAAAGCCAUGCUGGUGUGUAUUUUAGGGGUGGGCACAUAUAUCAUAUUACAAUACUUACGCACAACCAGGGUACACCAUAUUUAGGUUUGCUAACCAUCAACCAUUUUUAAACCUUCUGUAAUCAAUAGAUUAGGUAAGAUUUUACGUAACGUUAACAGAAAUGUUUUUAUAACACAAACACAAUGAGAUGAUCGAUUUUACCUUUGGCAACAAAUGAAGAAGGUGAGUGCAGUAAAGGAAAGAGCACAUUCACAAUGUCUUACGCUAACGAUAUUAAUUCGUCCUGCUGUUAAAUUUCCCCAUUCUCAUUAAUCAGAAGGUGUUGAGUAUAACUGCAGCUCUGACUGUCGUUCCUGCUGUAAUACAACGCACAGAUUUACAUUAACGCGCUUGUUCGUUUCUGACGCGGACACAAGACUCUCCAGCACACGCUCCAACAUGCGUCAUCGCUGAUAUGGUGAUGUUUUCUGUUUAAUUGAUUUAUUAAUAGAUUUAGUUUAUUUAGAAUCUCACUGUAGGAGGGGAAAAAAAAGUUUUCUCUGUUUUUCUUCCUGUUAAGAGGUUCCAGCAAAAAAUGACUACAAUUUGGCGUUAUUCAUUCGUUCUAGAGCAAUAAGCAGAUCGUAAGGUAAGGACGUGAAAUCUGCAUUUUUGUUUUUUCUGAUCUGCAUGCAUGUAAAAAAAAAUACUAGCAUGAGAAGAUUUCUAUAUUAUUUCCUGAUUAUUUCUCUUCCGUUAAUGAUGUUUAAUUAUAUAUUAGUGUGACUUUCUUUUUCUUUUUCUUUUCUGUCCUGUGUCCGAUUUCUUCACCGGCAGUAACUUUGUGCAAAUGUUUUUAACGCACUUACGAUGAAGCUGCUGUACAUGCAGUUUGUUUUUUGCACUGACCAUGCCUUUCGCCUUCCUUCUUUACUGAAAUCUACGUUUUUGUAAUUGAGGGUUGCACGGGGGAAAAAAGCUAGCUAUACGUACAGUCGAGGUUUUUUAACGGAUCUCUUCAAAUCUCUGGCUCUCUUAAAAGGAAUUGCAGCUUGUCUUAGAGACAGUUCAUCUGGAUAAAGAGUUCAAAGUUUGCAUUGUUUCAUGUGGCUUAUAAGAAAAAGGAACUAACUAUGCAUGGACAUAAAGGUUAUAAACUGUGGGUUUAUUAGACGGAGAGAUUGUAGAAAAUGGAGCUUUUCUGGUUGUAAAUAAAGUAAAUUGUUCAGUUGUAAUUUGAUUGGGGAAAAAACCUUAGGGUGCAAAAGUAAUAUGUUAACAGUGUGUCAGAAAAGCGUACCUUCUUAUUAAUGUGUUUGAAAUCCACACCGACUCUUCAGCAAACAUUUUCAGUUUUACUUCUAUUGUGUGUGGAAAUGUGAUGCAGUUAUUUACGUUUAUUAUCUAACUGAUGGCGGUGAGGGAGGAACCCAAAUCCCAAAUGGUGAACACCAAAUGGUGUGCAGCUCAGCCACGUGGUUACACACAUUUGCUCCACUGGUUCCAAUUUGUAGUGUUUUUCGAAAUCUACCUUUUUUCCCUUUUAAUUCAAGGGAUUAUAUCGGUUAUAACACCAGCAUGAAAACUAGAUGUUGAUACACUAUAUUGCCAAAAGUUUUGGGACACCAAUUCAAAUCAUUGAAUUCAGGGGUUGGGCUUGGCCCUUUAGUUCCAGUGAAAGGAACUCUUAAUGCUUCAGCAUACCAAGACAUUUUGGACAACUUCAUGCUCCCAACUUUGUGGGAACUGACUGGUCCAUAAAGACAUGGAUGAGUGAGUUUGGUGUGGAGGAACUUGACUGAAUUUAAUUAGAGCGGAGACUGCGAGCCAGGUCGCCUGCGACGUCUGCCUGUACAUGCUCAUGAAUUUAAUAUGGAGUUGGCUCGCCCUUUGCAGCUAUUACACCUUCAACUCUUCUGGGAAGGCUUUCCACAAGGUUUACUUGAGUGUGCUUAUGGGAAUGUUUGACCAUUCCACUAGAAGCACAUAUGUAAGGUCAGGCACUGAUGAUGGACAAGAAGGUCUGGCUCACGGUCUCCGCUCUAAUUCAUCCCAAAGGUAGAGUUGAGGUCAGGAUUCAAGGCCAGUCAAGUUCCUCCACACCAAACUCGCUCAUCCAUGACCAUGCUUUGUGCACUGGUGUGCAGUCAUGUUGGAACAGGAAGGGGUCAUCACCAAACUGUUCCCACAAAGUUGGGAGCAUGAAAUUGGCCAAGUACCAACCCCUGAAAAACAACACUCGAAUUCAAUGAUUUAGAGGGGUGUCCCAAUACUUUUGGCAACAUAGUGUAUUAAUAUCUCUACUCCUCCUCCUCCUCCUCCUCAUCUCAUUCAGCAGGUUAUAGGGGUAAAAUGUGAGUAAAAAGUUAAGACCUGUUCCUUGUUUUUGACCUUCCGCUCUUCAUAUCGUGAAGGUAUAAUGUCAUCGCUUGAUAACCUGUUGAUUAUCUAAUAUGAGAUGCAUCAAAAAUGUAUAUUUUGAAACUACUGUCCUCAGGAUUUAUUUCUCAUAUUUAAUACUAUCUUAUCCUUAUUCUGUUUUAAAUAUCUGAGACUAAAUAUUUAAAAGAAAAUA